GCCAAAAAAAGUUAGCAAAUAAAGAAAUCAAAUCACAGUUUUAACCUAAAACUGCAUUGAAAGGAUUCAUUAAUUUUCCAAUUUAAUUAAUAACUUUUUUUGCUUGAAAUUAUAGUUAGAAACGUUAUUUUAAGAAGCAUGGCUGAAGAAAUUCAAAGAAAACUACAAAAGGAGUUGGAAGUUUUUCAAGGUGUACAAGUAGAAUACCGUAAGGCAGUGGCCCAAAAACAGCAGUUAGAUAGUCAACUGAAUGAAAAUAAAGCCGUGAAAGAAGAAUUAAUGUUACUCAAAGAAGAUUCAGAGGUUUAUAAACUCAUUGGGCCAGUAUUAGUAAAGCAACAGUUGGAAGAAGCUCGACAGAAUGUUUCGAAGAGAAUGGAGUACAUUAGCAAGGAAAUCAAAAGAACAGACGAUCACAUAUGCGCAUUAGAAAACAAACAAGAAGCUUUGCAAGAAACUUUAAGUAAAUUAAAAAAUGAUCUUGGAAAAUUGAAAAUAAAAGCUUGAAUGUUGCAAUCACUAUA